AUCCAAUAUGGCCGCAGUGAAAACGGAUCUCUCGAUUUCGGGUGCAGAUUUUACAGGAAAUACUUUCGUUGUGCUGCAUUUGUGAAGGGCUGCCAUUUUACCGAGCUUACGGUAAGAGAGAGUUGGUUGUGAUGCGUACACGUUCAUUGCACAUAUUCCACUGUUGCUUGUUGAUCAUAACAGAAACACUGCAAAAUAAAGUGUUUCAUGGAAAAACAUGACUUUGAUUAGCUAGCUUUGGUGUGGCUCAGUCUAGCAAGCUUAACGUUAGCUUGAUGCUAACUUGCUUGUGUGCUAACGUUACACCGUUUUGACCGCUAGCCAGUCAAAACAUGAGCAGCUGAUUGAGUCAAACUCGUUUUUGAGCUUGCCUAGCCAGCUUGUUUUUCCAUCUAGCCAACUAGCCAGCCACCUGACGUUAGCUAUGGUAUGCUAGCCCCAAGCAUAGGCCUUAACCAUAACGUUAUAUAGCUAGCUAAGUGAAUAUAUCUAGCUAGCUAACGUUACUGUAUCAAAUCAAAUCAAAUGUUAUUUGUCACAUACACGUGUUUAGCAUAUGUUAUAGCGGGUGUAGCGAAAUGUUUGUGCUUCUAGCUCCGACAGUGCAGUAAUAUCUAACAAGUAAUAUCUAACAAUUUCACAACAUAUACCUAAUACACACAAAACUAUUACGGAAUGGAAUUUAAGAAAAUAUAUAUAAAUAUGGAUAAGCAAUGACAAUGACAGAGCAGCAUGGACUAAGAAACAGUAGAAUAUUAUAGAAUAGAAUGCAGUAUAUAUACAUAUGAGAUGAGUAGUGCAAGAUAUGUAAACGCCAUCAAAGUGACUGUAAACAUUAUUAAAGUGACUAGUGUUCCAUUUCUUAAGUCAUAUGGUCUCAAUUAUUGAGAAAUCCACAUGGUCACUAUAAAACAAGAGUUCACUUUAGCCAGGAAUGGAUUGCUUUUCAACUAUUGAUAAAUUUUUAUAACAUUUGUCUAUCAGUAUCUACAGUAUGAAACAUGAGUGACCAAGUGGUCCAGCUCUCCUCAGCCUUCCACCAUGAGGACAUGCUUCAGUCUCUGCACCAGCUCCGACUGCAUGGCCACCUGUGUGAUGUCACAGUCCAGGUGGACUUCCAGGGUGAGCUGGAAGAGUUCGAGGCUCACCAGGUGGUCCUAGCUGCCUCCAGCGGCUACUUCAAGAACAUCCUACUGGCCCCGGACCCACCCAAGAAACUAUUCCUGGGGAACGUUCGAACCACUGAUUUCACCAGGUUCUUGGAAUAUGUAUACACUGGCAAACUGGAGGUGGAUAAAGAGUUUGCUAAAGACAAGAUUGGUGUAAUACAUGAAGUGGCGACACUUUUGGAGUGUAAGAGCCUUGUCCAGGCUUGCUGCUCGGUUCUCGAUGAAGGCAGCUUGAGUCCGCACAGGGCUGAAACAUCCAUGUCACAAGACAAGGAGGCUGAUUUGGAUGAUGUAGAAGAGGAGGAGGGGGCGCUGGGGGUCGAAGUAAACAAAGUUCCCAAAAUAGCCUCCACCAAAAGGCUGACCUCUCCAACAAAACCAGAGAGAGGGGAGAGGAGUUUGAAAAGGGCAAAGGUCACGGUCACAGCCGAGGAGGAGAGGUCAGAGGUGAAUAAAGACACUGAGGUCUCUGGGAGAAGGAGUAACAGGCUGGCAGGGCGCAGAGUCUUCGUUGACAUUCCUAAGAAGAAGUACGUGAGGAAGAUGAAGGACCAGACCAAGAUGCAGAUGGAAGAUCUGCAUGACAACAACACUCAGACAACCAGUCAGGAGGAGAACACUGACAACACACAGGUAUGUGCUAUGUUGACAUGCUUUGAUAGUGGAUGAGGCGUGUAAAGCAUUUUGAACAUCUAGAUAAAUGUGCUGUAUAAAUCCAAUUGAUCUUGAUUAUUGUUAUUACACAGGAGGCAGAAGAGGCCCUUCCAGAGCUGCUGCCUGAAAAAGAGGGGGCGGGACUGGAAUCAACAGACGUUGAUGAUGAAGAUGAGGUGGAAGAGGGAGAUAUACCACAGGAUUGUCCAGAUGACUCCCUCUUCUUCCCCAGCAAGGAAGAGGAGGGCGAGGAGGAAGGAGAGGAACGUGCCACCAACAGAUCAUCCAGACGUAUUGACACCCAAUACAAGUGUGACAAAUGUCAACGGACCUUCCACUAUGAGAAGAGCUACCUGAAGCACAUCAAGUAGGUGGAGUUGGACAUUACACAUUAGUUAGACAUUCGUUGGAUCAUGAAUAGGUGGGUUUGAAAAUGAGCCAAAUGUAGACAUACACUGCACUAUUGUCAUUGUUGUUCUGAUCACAUCUCUAUUAACUACAUUGUUACCAUGACCACCAGGACGAGCCACAGUGUGCAGGGGGAGGUGACUUACCGUUGUGACACCUGCCAGCAAACCUUCGCCAACCGCUGCAACCUGAAGAUCCAUCAGAGACACGUCCACAGUGACGAGAGACUGUUCCCCUGUGAUGUCUGCACCAAGACUUUCAAACGCAAGAAGGACGUGACACGCCACCGACGACAGGUUAGGAUGGGUCUGAGUCAGGAUUUGGGACUGCUUUUGUAACACUUUUAUGUAGUAUUCUCUCGAUUGACGCCCUGUUCCCAUGUAGUGCACAACUUUUGAACAGAACUGUAGGUGGUUAACCCAUGUGACUCUGGUCAAAUGAAGUGCACUAGAUGAAAAUGGUAUAUCCUUUUCAAUUUGCUGCAAGACUAAUCAUUAAUUGAGACAAUAAAUAUCCACUAUUUUCUACGGCUAGGUGCAUGAGGGAGGUGGUGAGCGGCACACCUGUCUUGUGUGUAACAAGGCUUUGAGCUCUAAGACAGCGUUGACGCUACAUGAGAGAACACACACAGGAGACAAGCCCUACUCCUGCACUGACUGUGAAGCCAAGUUCUCCCAGAGCUCAGCCCUCAAGACACACCGCAGGACUCACACAGGAGAGAAGCCUUUCGCCUGUGACCAGUGUGAUGCGAGGUUCACCCAGAACCACAUGUUGUCCUAUCACAAAAGGGCCCACACAGGUAAGACUUUCACUUCUUACACGGAUACAUUGUAUAUAUUUUUUAAAGCUGUAAGGUUUGGCUUUUCCUGAUUAAUCAGGAUUUUUAUACUGUUUCUUAGAUCUACACAAACCAGCCUAAACCCAUCUGUUUUGUUUGGCCUACCAGGAGAGAAGCCUUUUAUGUGCGAGAGCUGUGGGAAAAGCUUUGCCUCUAAAGAAUACCUGAAACACCACUCCAGAAUCCACACAGGCUCCAGGCCUUACAAGUGUGAACAAUGUGGUCGGGCCUUCGCCCAGAGAAACUCCCUCCACCAGCAUAUGAAGAUACACACAGGUAACCACUGCAAUAUAAAACCAAAUAUAGCCAUUUUAUUUUCAUGCUGAAUGCAUCGAAUGUUACGGUUAGUAAUCACAAGACACAUUGCUACUACCGUUAGUAGUUUGGUAUCUUCCAUUCAUAGUGAAUCAUUACCCUUUGAAAAUAUGUCUGCCUCUGCUGACCAUUGACCUUUAACCCCUGUCUGACCUCUGUAUGUCCUGUCUCAGGUGAGCGCCCGUACCACUGUACAGAUUGUGAUAAGCAGUUCACCCAGCUGAAUGCCCUCCAGAGGCACCAGAGGAUUCAUACAGGGGAGAAGCCCUACAUGUGUGGCCUCUGCAACCGUACCUUCACUGACAAGUCCACUGUACGAAGACACACCAUGGUGCGUUACUACACUACUGAAACUACACUUGUUUUCAUUCAACAAUGUGUGUAAUAAGUCAUGUUGGAGACAUUGAUUUGUGCUGCAAAAGCCUGUUAUUUGAAGAUGUGCACUUUAUUCCACAGACUCAUGACCAAAACACUCCAUGGAAGAACUACCUGGUGGUCCUCAAGGACAACGUUGAGGAAAAGACUAAGAAACCCAGAGGCCUUGGUAGAAAGGUUAAAAUGGAGACGGUGGUUCAGGAGGUGGAAGGGGAUAGUGGAGCUGGAGGUAGGCUCCAGGAGGGGACCAUAUUGGUUCCUGGUGAGCCCAUCACACUCUCAGCCAACUGGGGCGACCCAGGGACCAUCGCCCUGGUUAGCCACACCACCCUGGGUGGGUUCACGGUCAUCCAGACAGAAAUGCCGGCAGGGACCCAGCUACCCAUCGUCACCACAGACGGCACCGGGGCCAGUGUCAUCUCUCUGGAUGGAUCCACUGUCUCUGUCCCCUUUACUAUCCCUGUCUCUAUGUCCUCCAUCCCUGUGACCUCGUCCUCCUCUGGUCCCCUCCCUGUCCAGACUGUGUCUCUCUCUGUCCCCGUCACUGUCUCAGGGGCCAUAUUUGCCCCAGUUUCAGUUUCGGAGACCACUCUUUCAACUUCAUCCGUGCUGGAAACUGCGGUGUCGCAGACCAUCUUGGCUCCAGAUUUGGAAGCUGGGCCUGGUUCAGAUAUGACGGCCAUUAUGGAUCCUGAGGAGGCAGUUUCAGAGUGUGCCCCUAUCUCUGAGGAGUGUGUUACAGUGCAGACAUCAGAACUGGAGACUGAGACACAGACAGCUGCUGUCUCUAAUGAGGAACAACACAGUGUACCAGAGGACAUAGGUACUGUGGAAGACAUUGAGGUGUCCACUGAAGAUACUGUGGUGUAG